UUACUUAAAAUAGGAAAAGGAAAGCUUAUUUUCCUUGACGCCCCGAAAACCCUAGCCGCUUCUUCUCUCUGCCCACUCCCCGCGCGCGCCCCAGCCGACCGCCGCCUCACCCUAGCCGAGACCUCCCCCUCCCCAGGCAGGCAGGCGCGCCAGGAUACCCCACAGUAAUACCACCAUGGCCGGCGGCAAGAUCCAAAAGAAGCGCCACGGUGGCGGUGGAGGCGGCGGCGGCGCGCGGCUGCAGGGCGGGAUCCCGUUCGAGAAGUCCAAGGGCCAGCACAUCCUGCGGAACCCGGCGCUGGUGGACUCCAUCAUCGCCAAGGCCGGCCUCAAGCCCACCGACACCGUCCUCGAGAUCGGGCCCGGAACGGGAAAUCUCACCAAGCGGCUGCUCGAGGCCGGCGUCAAGGCCGUUGUCGCCGUCGAGCUCGACCCGCGGAUGGUUCUCGAGCUCAGUCGCCGGUUCCAGGGCCACCCCCUCUCCUCCCGCCUCAAGGUUAUCCAAGGAGAUGUUCUUAAAUGUGAUCUUCCGUACUUUGAUAUCUGCGUGGCAAACAUCCCAUACCAGAUAUCGUCCCCACUUACAUUCAAGCUUCUGUCACACCGUCCGAUGUUCAGGUGUGCUGUGAUCAUGUUUCAACGUGAAUUUGCCAUGAGACUUGUAGCGCAGCCUGGAGACACUCUGUAUUGCCGUCUGUCAGUGAACGUACAGCUCUUAUCUCGUGUGUCACAUCUGCUGAAGGUUGGGCGGAAUAACUUCAGGCCUCCGCCUAAGGUAGAUUCUUCAGUUGUGCGCAUCGAGCCAAGGAAGCCCCUCCCUCCUGUCAGCUUCAAAGAGUGGGAUGGACUUGUGAGGAUUUGUUUCAACCGGAAAAACAAAACCCUGGGCUCCCUUUUCAAGCAGAAGCGCGUCCUUGAGUUGCUAGAGAAGAAUUACAAGACAAUGCAAUCUCUCCAGCUUGCCCAAGAAUCUGAAAUGGGUGAGGAGAAGAUGUCACCAGACGAUGUUGCGGUGCUAGCCAAUAUGGUCGAGGACCUGAGCAUGGAGACGAGUGACGAGAGAGAGGAUGACGAAAUGGAAAUGGAUGACGCUAACGCGGCAGACGGCCGUGCUAGCUUCAAAGAAAAGAUUAUGGGUAUAUUGCAGCAAGGUGAUUUUGCAGAGAAGAGGUCCUCCAAGCUGAGCCAAGUUGAUUUCUUGUACCUGCUCUCCCUGUUCAACAAAGCAGGUAUUCAUUUUUCAUGAGGUCCUGCUUAGUCAGCUAGCUUGAGAUGGAUCUUGAAAAGCCAUGUUUAUUUUUUGCCCAUGUUCUGUAAGUCGUAUAAGUUUAAAGUCAUCUAUGUGAUAUCGUGCUCUGAAUUCUAUGUGAUAAUGUGUUCUGAGAUAUUUUCGAUACCUUCGGUUUUGCCCCAGCUUUAGAGAAGUCGAAUGAUUACAAGGAAA